AUGCUCGUGGCUUCGUCCGUUAUAUUCCUCUACUACACGAUAUGGACUCUUCUCAUGCCCUUUGUCGACAAGGACCACCCCCUCCAGGACUUCUUCCUCCAUCGCAAGUGGGCGAUCCGCAUCCCCGUCAUCCUCAUCCUUCUCGGUUCCGCGGUUGUAGGCUCGUUCUUGGGAUUGGUCAUGAUUAGAAGUAAUAGGAAGAAGGCGGCAAAGGCCAAGGCCGCUGCCAAGAAGAAGAACUAA